UCUUGUCCGAAACGAUGAUCCGGAUAAAAAGUCACCUUGUUUAAUGCAGUAUUCCUAUCUUCGCUACCCAAAAUCCUGCCUAGUGAUUCUAAACUCUUGCGUUUUUUAGCAACCACCCUCCCUCCCUCCCUCUCUCUCUCUCUCUCUCUAGAUUAAAGGGCCUGAAACCAAGAUAACAGUCCGCCUCUAUUCUUCUGCGUUUUCAUGGGGGAAGAUGAGGAAAUUCACCUUCUUUCUCUUCCAACCCGCUCCUCGACCCACUCAUCUCUCUCCCCAACUCCACACGCUCGCUACAAAAGCCCCACCAAAACAAAACCCACUCUCUCUCUUCACCUACAACACUCUCAUCAUGGCAAAAUGCAGCAGCCCCUCUUCCUCCUUAGAAGGCCUCGAACUCUUCGUGGAACUCCAUUCCAUGGGCCUCAAACCGAACCGCUUCACCUUCCCCUCUACGCUCAAAGCGUGCUCUCUCUCUAAAAACUUCAGACCAGGCCAACAAUUACACUCUCUUAUAGUAAAACAUGGCUUUGUCUCAGACCUAUAUACCCAAAACACUCUUCUCACCAUGUAUUCUCAUUGUUCAAGCUCUUAUGUGGAGGCCCUCCAAGUGUUUGAUGAAAUGCCUGAGAGAGAUGUGGUUUCGUGGACCUCCAUGAUGGCUUGUUGGGCUCAAGCGGGUGAAUUGGGGUCCGCUCUACGAGCCUUUGGGCUCAUGCUACGAGCUGGGGUUCGGCCAACUCGAGCGACUCUGCUCAGCUUGUUUGGUGCUUGCGCUCAAGCCUGCUUCUUGCCCUUUGGCCAGGCCUUGCACGCUUACACGGUCCAUACAUUUGCGCCGUGCCUUCCUUUGAGCACCACGCUCUUAGAAAUGUACGCAAAGUGUGGGCUCAUAGAUGAAGCUCUCAAGCUCUAUAAUGGUUUGGGAGCAGAGAGUUUGCAGGCUUGGACCGCGAUGGUUUUGGCACUCGGAAUCCAUGGCAGGGGAGAGGAAGUCUUGGCCUUGUUUAGAGAGACGGAAAAUGAUGAGAGGAAAAUGGAUGGCAAGGCUUUUACUGCUGUUUUGAGCGCUUGCAGUCACUUGGGUUUGGUAGAGAGAGGGAGAGAGUACUUUGAGAGGAUGGAGAGAGAAUAUAAUGUGAAGAGAGGGAUGGAGCAUUAUGGGUGCAUGGUGGACAUGUAUGGGAGGGCUGGCAUGGUGGAUGAGGCUUAUGGGGUCAUCAUGGGUAUGCCCAUGGAGCCCAAUCCUGUGAUCUUGAGGAGUUUUAUGGGUGCAUGCAUGGCCCAUGGGGUUGGUGAGAGACUGGGCUUCAUGGGUGCAUGCAUGGGCCAUGGGGUUGGUGAGAAAGUGGGGAGGCAAUUGCUUGAAGGAGAGCCCAGCUUGGGGAAGAACUAUGUGCUUGUGGCUAAUGUGUGUGCUAGGGCAGGAAGGUGGGAUUUGGUUGAGGAAUUGAGAGGAGAGAUGAGAGAGAAAGGGUUGAAGAAGGUGGUGGGGUGUAGUUGGGUGGAGAGCUGAGAGAAAAAGGAUUGAAGAUGGUUAUCAUUAAAUUGGGUUGAGAACUUGAGACAAAGCCAUCAUAGAUCCCUACAUUGUAGCAUAGGACCUUUAAUUUUCGCCAAGAGUUUUGCAAUGUUGAUGGAUAAUCAGAAUUUCGUGUAGCCGAUCACAAAUAGUUAAAAAAAUAUUUAUGAUAA